AGAUGCAACGCAAGCAACGACUUCGUCACACUAAAAUAGAUUUUGUGACGGCCAAAAUUAUAAAUUACGAAGCAGAAAUGAGUAUCAAACAACUUCCAGCGGUUUGCACCUAGAGAAAGACAAGAAGAACGCACUGCAAACAAACCAACCCAGUCCAAACAACGCCUCCAGUAGGAAAAGAGGAAAACCGCUACAACAGGACCCCCUGAGAAGAGACCAGACCUACACGCUGAGAGUGCGGGGCAUCUGCGAACCUCUGAGUGUGCUGCGGACUGAGUUGCACUUCGCCGCUCUCUGGACAUUAAUUACACCCUUCACCUUCCAUCUGGGGGAGGGUGAGGAGAAAAGCACUCACCUAAUCUGAAUAAAGAAGUGCUACCAGCGUGGGAGAGAAGUUUAAGAAUGAAACACUGAAUGUUUCGCUUUUAUUUUUAAAUUUACUUUGGCAUUUAAAAGACCUCAUUUCCAGAUUCCUGGGCCAUCUCCGCUGCAGACGUCUAAGCCUAACCUCUUGGUAACCUGAAUUUUUCUCUCUCACCCUGUCUCCCCACCCCCCUCCCCUUCAUCUCGCCCGCAGGCACAUCUUUAUUUCACAUAUCAAGAGAAAGCAAAAAAGUCCCAGCAGGUACUUUUCUUUUUCAAAGAUCAUCCUUUUUUUUUUUUUCUUUUUUCCUUAUUUUCUGGAGAAGAAAAAAGCUUUCAAAAGAGGGGAAGGAAAGAGCUAGACGGCUGAAGCAUCAGCCGGGCAGCCCAGGUGGAAACAAGAGUGAAAGUGGGGCUUAGGGGAGCGCAGCGCCUCUUUCGCAAGCCGCAGGGCCACCACCAGCACGUGAGCCUUGGAUCCCUCAACGUACUGCGAGACGCCGGUGUACAGCCCGGACCUGUGCCCCAACAUGAUCGCCGCUCAGGCCAAGCUGGUUUACCAGCUCAAUAAAUAUUACACUGAGCGCUGCCAAGCGCGCAAGGCGGCCAUCGCCAAGACCAUCCGAGAGGUCUGUAAGGUGGUCUCGGACGUGCUAAAGGAAGUGGAGGUGCAGGAGCCUCGCUUCAUCAGCUCCCUGAGCGAGAUCGAUGCCCGCUACGAGGGGCUGGAGGUCAUCUCGCCCACAGAAUUCGAGGUGGUGCUCUACCUAAACCAGAUGGGCGUCUUCAACUUCGUGGACGACGGCUCACUGCCCGGCUGCGCAGUGCUCAAACUGAGCGAUGGGCGGAAGCGGAGCAUGUCUCUCUGGGUCGAGUUCAUCACAGCGUCCGGCUACCUCUCGGCGCGCAAGAUCCGCUCACGUUUCCAGACGCUGGUGGCUCAGGCGGUGGACAAGUGCAGCUACCGGGAUGUGGUCAAGAUGAUCGCGGAUACCAGCGAGGUCAAGUUGCGCAUCAGGGAGCGCUACGUGGUGCAAAUCACUCCGGCGUUCAAGUGCACCGGUAUCUGGCCUCGCAGUGCUGCACAGUGGCCUAUGCCCCACAUCCCCUGGCCCGGCCCCAAUCGGGUGGCGGAGGUCAAGGCCGAAGGGUUCAACUUGCUCUCUAAGGAGUGCUACUCGCUGACCGGCAAGCAGAGCUCUGCGGAGAGCGACGCCUGGGUGCUGCAGUUCGGAGAGGCUGAGAACCGCCUGCUGAUGGGCGGCUGCCGAAACAAGUGUCUCUCGGUGCUGAAGACGCUGCGGGACCGCCACCUGGAGCUGCCUGGCCAGCCGCUCAAUAACUACCACAUGAAGACGCUGCUGCUGUACGAGUGCGAGAAGCACCCGCGGGAAACGGACUGGGACGAGGCGUGCCUCGGAGAUCGGCUCAACGGCAUCCUGCUGCAGCUCAUCUCCUGCCUGCAGUGCCGCCGCUGCCCUCACUACUUUCUGCCCAACCUCGACCUUUUCCAGGGCAAGCCCCACUCGGCCCUGGAGAGCGCUGCCAAGCAGACCUGGAGGUUGGCCAGGGAAAUUCUCACCAAUCCCAAAAGCCUGGACAAACUAUAGGGUGCUGGGGACUGCUUGAAAAGCGACACAAACAGGAAUGCUCUCAAACACACAACACACAACUCGGCGACAAACAGCGGAAACUCCAGACACAGACUUUUAUGUAAGCCACCUAAGAGAAACGGGAACCUGGCAGAAGACUUCCUUAAUUAACAAGCAAACAAAAGAAGAGCAAACCAACCAAACACACAAAAUCACAUUCUUGCACAAAAGUGAUCCUUCUCUUCCAAACAAUGUGAAUUUAAAAGGUCACACAACAGAAGCAAUCGGGCUUUGCCACAACAAAAUGAAACCCAAGGUACAUUUUCAAUCAAAAUAUAGUAGUUUCUCCCUUUUCCUUCUCUCCCCCUCUUCAUUCUCUGUCUCUGUCUCUCUGUCUCUCUCUCCAAUUUGUUUUGGGUUGCCUGAAUGUUGUCACCAAGUGAAAAAAAAGUAUUUAAUUAUAUGUAAAAUUUCUCUUUUAAACAAAGUUUUGCUGAUGUUAAAUGUAUCUCAGUGCCAAUGUCAGAUGUGCCCCUUCCUCCCCCGCACCUCUUCCCUCACCCUAAGCAGUCUUGUUGAAAACAGUAAUAAAAAUACUACUUUACAUUGUAAA